GUUCUCAUCACAUUCCCACUCGCUGCAAUGCUCGACAUCUUGACUGAUCUUCUGAUCAUGGCGAUUCCAUACAUGAUCCUGAGACAUGUCCGCCUGUCCACGAAGCAAAAGCUCGUCUUGUACUCUUUGUUCUCCCUAGUAAUCAUCACCAUCGGGGUGGCCUUAACGCGGGUGAUCGUCUCCAUGAAAGCUCGGCGCCAGGGAGGCCUAACAGUAUCACUCCUGGUAUUCCUAGCCGAUGCCGAAGCAGCCACAGCACUCUUCGUAGCCUGCAUCGGCAGCUUUCGCACGCUCUUUACCCAAGCCGACACACUGACCCCGUACGGAUCCCGCAACAACCAAACGCCAAAGGCCAAACCGCAGAAUCUGGGGAAACAGAGGAGUACAGGAUAUAGCUCGAAUAGGAAUGAAUCGAGCGAGGCGAUUGUGAAUGCGACUGAGCUGAGGGAUAUGCCGCCGCAGUCUCCGCAGACGCCAUCGGCUUUUUAUAUGAAGCUCGAGUUGCCGGGGCUGGGUAAGACGUGA